UUGUCAUAGCGACCAUUUUACGUUAACUGGUUUGUAGCAUUCAUCCGGGUGCUGGGUUACUGCAGGGACUGGGCUUUGCGCAUUCGGCCUUGCUUUCCCGCGGCCGAAAGACUUGAGCGGGCUGCAGGCGGGGACUGGAUGGCUACGGAACCGGAGGAUGAGGUGGAAUGGGUGGUCGAGAGCAUCGCGGGCUUUCUGCGAGGCCCGGACUGGUCUAUCCCCAUCUUAGACUUUGUGGAGCAGAAAUGUGAAGUUUUUGAUGAUGAAGAAGAAAGCAAAUUGACCUAUACAGAGAUUCAUCAGGAAUACAAAGAACUAGUUGAAAAGCUGUUGGAAAGUUACCUCAAAGAAAUUGGAAUUAAUGAAGAUCAGUUUCAAGAAGCAUGCACAUCUCCACUUGCGAAGACCCAUACAUCACAGGCCAUUUUGCAACCUGUAUUGGCUGCUGAAGAUUUUACAAUCUUUAAAGCAAUGAUGGUACAGAAAAAUAUUGAAAUGCAGCUGCAAGCCAUUCGAAUAAUUCAGGAGAGAAAUGGUGUGUUACCUGACUGCUUAACAGAUGGUUCUGAUGUUGUCAGUGACCUUGAACAAGAAGAAAUGAAAAUCCUGAGGGAAGUUCUUAGAAAAUCAAAAGAAGAAUAUGAUCAGGAAGAAGAAAGGAAGAGAAAAAAGCAGUUAUCAGAAGCUAAGACAGAAGAGUUCCCAGUGCAUGGUAGUGAAGAUGCAAAAAUGAGCAGUUCCCAAGGAAAAGGCGAACAUUUUGCAUGUUCACCCCCAGAAACUAAAGUUGAUUUUGGUAAUCAGUCGGUGCAACCUUUGGCAAGAAAGUUGGAAAUGUAUCCUGAAAGUUCUUCCCUCCCACAAAAAGGCCUGAAGAUUCCUGGUUUUGAACAUGCAAGCAUUGAUGGACCAAUAGCAAAUUUAUCCACACUUGGAGCAGAAGAGCUCCGGCAACGAGAACACUAUCUUAAGCAGAAGAGAGAUAAAUUGAUGUCCAUGAAAAAGGAUAUGAGAACUAAGCAGAUAGAAAAUCCAGAGCAGAAAGGAAAACCUGCUGGGGAGGUAAAGGAAAUGACAGAGAAGCCAGAAAUGACAGCAGAGGAGAAACAAACAUUAUUAAAAAGGAGGUUGCUUGCAGAGAAACUUAAAGAAGAAGUUAUUAAUAAGUAAUAAAACAAUUUAGUAAAACAA